AUGAAUUCCUUGAGCAUCGCAAAGAAGAAGCCUCAUGCAGUUUGUAUGCCAUACCCAGCUCAAGGCCACAUAACUCCAAUGCUCAAACUAGCAAAACUUCUCAAUUUCAGCGGGUUUCACAUCACUUUCGUUAACACAGAAUUUAACCAUAAACGUCUUCUUAAAUCCCGUGGUCCAGAUUCCCUCAAAGGCUUCCCUUCCUUUCGCUUUGAAACCAUCCCUGACGGUCUACCAGAGUCUGAUGUUGAUGCCACACAGGAUACACCUACCUUGUGUGAUUCCCUCAGAAAAACUUGCUUAACACCCUUUAAAAGCCUUCUUUCAGAACUCAACAAUGCCACAGAUGUUCCUCCUGUUACUUGCAUAGUUUCUGAUGGUGCCAUGAGCUUCACCUUAGAGGCUGCCAAAGAUCUAGGCAUCGCAGAGGUCCUUUUUUGGACUGUAAGUGCUUGUGGCCUCAUGUGUUACCUUCACUAUAGUAAACUCGUCAAAAUGGGCCUCACACCCUUCAAAGACUCGAGUUAUAUAACAAAUGGGUAUUUGGAGACUGCCAUAGAUUGGGUACCUGGCAUCAAAGAAAUUUUGUUGAGAGAUUUCCCCAGCUUCAUGAGAACCACAGACCCAGAUGACAUUAUGCUGCAGGUUUUGCAGGAAGAGUGCGGGAGAGCUAAGCAUGCUUCUGCAAUCAUUUUGAAUACAUUUGAAGCAUUAGAGCGUGAUGUUCUGGACGCAUUUUCGUCAAUUUUGCCUCCUGUGUACCCCAUUGGUCCCUUAAAUUUACUCUUGAAUCAUGUCACGGACGAGGACUUGAACACAAUUGGAUCGAACCUUUGGAAGGAAGAUCGAGGGUGUUUGGAAUGGCUUAACACCAAUAAACCCAACUCUGUGGUUUACGUGAACUUUGGGAGCAUCACAGUAAUGACAAGUGAGCAAUUGGUUGAGUUUGCAUGGGGACUCGCCAACAGUGGCAAAACCUUUUUAUGGAUCAUUAGACCAGAUCUUGUGGUUAGUGAAAACGCACUUCUUCCUCAUGAGUUUGUGUCUGAGACAAAGAAUAGAGGUCUUAUGUCAGGUUGGUGUCCUCAGGAGGAAGUACUAGCUCACCCUGCAAUUGGAGGGUUCUUGACACACAGUGGUUGGAACUCAACCAUUGAAAGUUUGUGUAAUGGAGUGCCAAUGAUAUGCUGGCCUUUCUUUGCUGAGCAACCAACUAAUUGUAGAUUCUGUUGUAAGGAAUGGGGGGUUGGGUUGCAGAUAGAUGGUGAUGUAAAGAGGGAUAGAGUUGAGAGCCUUGUGAGGGAAUUGAUGGAGGGGCAGAAAGGGAAAGAGUUGACCAAGAAAGCCUUGGAAUGGAAGAAACUGGCAGCAGAUGCUGCUAUUAACAAAACUGGGUCUUCAUUUCUGAAUUAUGAUAACAUGGUUCGUCAAGUUCUUUUGAGAAGAACUUGA